AUGCCUGGUCGCUAUCACCUCCAAGACGAUCUUGCGUCACCAUUCCCGAGCGUCCAGCCGCAGAGGAGUAGUAAUCAUAGGUAUUCGUCAGCAUCCCAAGUCAGUAUUUGUUUAGUCAGAGGCUGCACAAACAUCGUUCUUCGUUCCGACCUCGUCUGUAAUUGA